AUGUCGUCGUCCGUCCUCGACGACCGCCAGGACGAGGACUCGUGCCCAAUCUGCCUCGAGCUCCUCUCGCUGCGACUAGCUGGCGAGAAGCCGCACGUCGUCCCCGUCUGCGGCCACCGCCUUCAUCACUCGUGCUUCGAGGCCGUGUACGGCGAUGUGCAGCGCGCCAAGAGCAAGACGGCGGGCAGCCUCGGCCUGUGCGGCGUGUGCAGGCGCGACAUGAAGGUUGGCGACGGCGGCGACGGGCCGAGCAAGACCAACAAGUUCGCCAAGUUGAGCGGGUUGCCCUCGGCGACCGAGCCGGCGCCAUCGUUCAAGAUGCGCUCGUCCAGUCGCGGCACUCACCUCGACCAGCGCCCGCCCGUACGCGACGUCGCACAGGACGACGAGCUUACCGUCUCGGGCGGCUCGCGCACCGGGACGAGCAGCAGCUUUGACGGCGUCGCCGAGCUCGUCAAGCCCGUCGUGACGGUGCGCGCCGAGCACCCGUCGGUCGAGCGCAGCUACGAGCGCGACAAGAAGCAGCACCUGACGUGCAUGGUCAGCGUCAUGAUGCCGUCGCGCUACGCGCCACCUGCCCAGUUCGCCAACCUGUUCGCCGCCGCCGUAUCGUCGUCGGCACCCGACUCGUCGCCGCCGACUCGAGCGCCGCCGCCCGCACCCCUCCCUGUUUCCGGUCGAGCGCCCUCGUCCUCCUCCUUGCGCUCCGGCGACCGCUCCCCGACGUCAUCCGUCUACUCGGCGUACGCCUACGGCGCGACUGGCGUCGCGUCGUCCUCGUUCGCGCCCGUCGUCCAGGACCUCCAGACGCGCAUGGCCGACUGGAAGGGCCACUCGCCCGAGGAGUUCGGGCAGCUCAAGCUGUACGACACGAUCCACGUCCGCAAGGACACGGCGACGCGCGAGUUCACCGUGUACCUGUUCGACGAGGCGAUCCUGUGCGUCACGGACGAUCGGCGACGAGCGGCGAGCAAGGCCAUCUCGCCGACGUCGACAAGCAGCGGCGGCGACGGCGGCGGCGACAAGCUGCGCCUCAAGGGCCGCGUCUACGUGCGGCACAUCCGCUCGGUCGCCGACACGUCGCGAGGCGGCGACGACCUGUCGCUCACGAUCAUCAUGAACGACGACGCGCUCGCCGAGUUCGUCAUGCUCUUCAAGGAGCGCACGAGCCUCGAGGUGUGGCGUGGUCAGAUCGAGCACCUCGUCGCGCAGAACCGCCGCGCCAUGUCGCCGCCGUCGUCGGCCGCGUUCCCCGAGACGCCCGCGUCGGCGUCGAUGCACCACCAGCUGCGCGACCGCAAGGACGUCCUGAGCGACAUCUCGAGCUCCGAUCAGAGCAACCUCACGACGUUCUCGGGCUACUCGCGCACGACGACGACGAGCGUCGGGCCGUCGGCAUCGGUCAUCCUCGAGGAGGACGAGGGCGCCAUGGACGAGUUCGGCCGCUUCGCCGAGCUGAGCGCGCCCGGGUACGGCGACGCCAACACGUCGCCCUACGGCUCUUCGUCGUCGGUCCAGCAGCAGCAGCAGCAGCAGCGAGGCGCCUACGCCGGCGCCGUCUCGUCGCUCGACUCGCCGAGGUCGUUCACGCCCCUCGACCUCAUGCUCAUCCUGUCGAUCCCUCCUCCCGGCACCGGCACGCUCAAGCUCGACAUCCUCAAGAACGCGCUCGAGUUCGUCGUCGCGCACGUCGGGCCCCGCACCCGCCUCAGCAUCGUCACGUACUCGUCGGGCGAGGGCGCACGGGCCUCGCUGCGCAAGACGCCGUUCGUCGCCGUCGGCAAGCUCGACGGCCGCGCGCGCCUCGACCAGGUCGUGCGCGAGCUCGGGUGCGCGCCCGAGGGCCUCACGAGCAUGCUCGAGCACCAGGAGGAGCGCGUCAACGUCGUCACGGCGUGCAACCUCGCGCUCGACAUUGUCCUCCAGCGCAAGGUCAAGUCGGCCCUGACGGGCAUGGUUCUCCUCAACGACGGGCGCGACGGCGCGCAGAAGCAGCAGAUGGACCUCGUCAUGGCUCGGUGCGAGGCCGCAAACGUCCCGAUCCAUACCCUCGGGUGGGGUCGCUCACACGACCCGAGCAGCCUGUGGCUCCUGUCGAACCACUCGGCUGGCUCGUACACGUUCGUCAAGGACUUUUACGACCUGCGUGACGCCCUCGCCGGCUCCAUCGGCGGCAUCCUGUCGAUCGCGGCGACCAACGUGCGGCUGCACAUCAAGGUGCCCGAGAAGCGCUGGUUCCGCGUCCGCAAGGUGUCGGGAUCGCCCGGCGCCAUCGUCUCCAAGACGGGCACCGACGUCGACGUCGAGAUCGGCUCGCUGUCGUUCGGCGAGCGGCGCGACCUCAUCGUCGAGGUCGAGCUGUCGCUCGGGCCUGCGGGUGACUCGGCCGGGCAGCGCGAGCGCAGCAGCGACGGCACGGCUCCGCCACCUCGUGCGCCCGAGUACAGCACGGCGACCGACGCCUUCUUCCUGUCGCGAGCCGGCGUCAACCCGUCGGCCAUGGACGACUUUGCCGCCUCGAGCUCGAACCUGUACGAGGACGCGUACGACGACAUGCCCGACGAGGCGCCGGUCUUCGAGGUCAACGCGGCGUACCGCGACCCGGCGGCCGGCAAGACCGUCUCGCGCCUCAACCACUCGCCGUGCCUCCUCACGAUCACGAUCAACCCGCCGUCAUCGUCGGCAUCGUUCGGCCGCCAGCCGCCGCCCGUCUCGGCGCCCGAGAUCGUGCGCCGCAGGAUGGAGCUCCUCGUGAGCGACAUGCUGUCGCGUGCGCUCCUCCUCAUGACGCGGCGCAACGGCGCCCAGGCGGGGCGCCUCCUGGAGGAGACCAAGCGCAUCAUCUCGACCAUCUCGACGACGCUCGUCCCGGCGUCGCCCCAUGUCGGCGGCUCGGCCGCAGCACUCGCGCGCAGCCAGUCGGCGCGCCGUCGUACGUCGGUCGCCGGCGCGGCGACGACGCAGCGCACGCUCGUCGCGCUCGCCGACGACGUCGACCAGGCGCACGAGGCGUGUCUCGACCGCGAGCUGUUCGACACGUGCGGGCGGUACCUCACGGCGCAGCAGGCGGUCGUCCUGAGGGACCAGAGGGCCUGGACGGGCAAGACGCCGAGCGAGAGGCUCGUGUGGAGGGCCGACAACAGCCUGUGGCUCGUCGCCAAAAGCCAGGCGUGGCUCAGCUCGAGCAGCUCGUGA